UACGAUUUUACAUUACAAUUGUAGCGCAUCUGGACGAAAGAAUUUUCAUCACAAGCGGCACGGACACGACCGAGCUAUCAGAAGAAGAGAAGGGUGAAGGAACUUUGUCCGGAAUCCUGAAUUUUGCUGCCGGGUGUUUCAAUUUGUCUCAUCUCGAUCUCAAGAUUGAUGCCUUUAUGUUUCAGACUUGAUCUAAUUCUUAUUUUCUGGUUAGACGGCAUUGCGAUGCGUUCGUUGUGUUAGCGAAUUCGGAUUUAUUCGGUUUCUGGGGUUGGAUUCGUGAGGGAAUUGUGAUUUGUUUCUCUCUUUGAUUUUGAAUCAUCUGUAGUUAUAUGCUGUUGUGAUUUUAGUAUGCGUGGAUUUAAGAUUUGCUUGAUUCAGAUCGAAUGAAACGAGAUCGUUGAAUUCUCGUGCCAGAGUUAGCGGGAGGAUUCUUGAUUUUAGGGUUUUUUUUUUUUAACGAAUGGAUGUACAGCUUCACGAAGAGAAAUAGGGAUCUCUUGAAUUUCACUGUUAAUUCGGGAGUGUGAAAGCGAUAGAUAGCGUAGAGAACGCUUUAACCAUUGGGAAAUCGUUUGUAAUUUGUAUUUCAGUUAUACUGAAAAAAGUUGGGGUUCUGGUCAAUUUAGGUUAGAGCAUACUAAUUGAGAAGGAGCUAGAAUCGACUGACUGUUGGAGUCAUGUUCUAUGGUGCAGUUGUAUGGGACCCUUGGCUCAUCGUUGCCCAAAUUGUUUGCCUUCAAUGUUUGUAUUACCUCACUCUUGGUAUAUUGAUCGCGACUCUAGUCGGUACACGCGUUUCUCGGAUCAGCCUUGUUUACUUCUUUGAUUAUGCUACAAUAACCGUUUCUACAGCCACUGGUUGGUGUGUUAUUGCUUCAUUCCUGCUAAGUGCGCUUGCUGGAGCAGUAUAUCUGAUUUAUUUGAUUGAAAGAGCAAAGAAGUGCUUAGAUUUUGCAGCCACACUCUAUAUACUCCACCUUUUCAUCUGUAUCGUUUAUGGAGGGUGGCCGUCCUCAAUGACAUGGUGGGUUGUGAAUGGUACUGGGCUUGUAGUGAUGUCUUUGCUGGGUGAAUAUCUGUGCAUCAAACGUGAACUGCGAGAAAUUCCUAUAACACGAUUGCGUUCAAAUGUCUGAGCAAGUAACAGUCAAAUUGCAAGAACCACCUCUUCAUGUGUGUGAUUUUCUGGUGGCCUAUCUUAUUAAAUUUGCGUAGCUAGUGGAUAAAGCUGAUGAAAACCCAGAUCAAGUUAGCAUCAAGGAAGAGGAACUGUUUUGAGAUAUGAACGAUUGGUCGUAAGUAUCGAAAUAUAACCUAGAUCGGUGCUCUGGAUUAUGAUGAACUAGUGUUUUGAAUUAGUGGAAGGUUUACAUAUGAAUCCAGGAAGCUUUUUUUACCUUGGGGAAAGGAGGGGGAGGGUGUCACUUCCAAUGGCUAUAUGAGCUUUAUUCCUUUUUUGUUUUAAUGGUUAAAGAAGAUAUCGUUGGUUGCUUUUAUUCUUUUAAUUCUUCAUACAGAUGAGUCUACAGCUUAGUUUGGAAUAUAAUGAAAAUUUGAUUUGUAAACUAAA